AGGCACAAAAACAAUGAGCACGUAACUCACCAGUCCGCCAUGCACCACAAACCGUCACUCCACCAACGCAUCCGCCAGAACCACACUCUCCAAAAGGCCCUGCGAGCGUUGCAAUUCCUCUCGUCCAUCAUUUCCCUUGGACUCUUCUCCGCGCGCCUCUACCGGAUUCUCAAAACGGCCCAACGCGCUUCCCAUGCCAGCGGCGCCGUCGAGGGUAUCCUGGUCGCCGCCGUGGCCUACAGUUUGAUCUCCAUGAUCAUGAAAUUUUGCCUCAAGUCCGGUGGCCCCAAAAUCUUGCGCUGGGUGUGGAUCGUUUUUGAUUUUCUCUUCGUGGGUGCCUUCAUCGCCGUUGCAGUCUUGACUAGCCCCGGGAAGAACACCAGCGGAACGUGCCACGCGGUCAACGGUCACAGGAUUGAACCUAAUGGGUCUAAUUGCAAUCUGCCGUGGGGAACUUUCGGUCUGGCUAUUUUCAGCACAUUACUCCAUGCCUUCACUGCCGCUUUCAACGAAGUAAGGGACACGUACAAGACACACAAGGUUGUUGACGAUCCCGAGGCGUCUAAGACACAUAACGGUAUACACCAUGGUGCUAGUGGCCACGGCGGAACUGCUGAUUCCCUUAACUGA